GCGCGCACCGAUUCGAACCGUCUCCAAUCGCGACGAGUUCUGUCCGUUGGUGCGAUUCGAAAAAUACAAUUUACAUCAAAGAACAGAAGAGCCAUGAAACCAACGAGCAGUCACGUUUAAAAUUUUAAACGAACGAAGCCUGAAGGAAAUGUUCGACGCUUUCGAUUCUUUAGCGAUCGAUAAAUAUGCGUUUAACCGAUGUCUAUGCAGCUUGAUCGAAAAACUUUCGUCCACGGAAUCUGAGUAAAAGAGGAUAAGGAAGUUAUCGGGGCAACGAAGAAGGAUUAAAGCGAAAACCAAUUUGCAACCCUAAGGGUCCAACGAAGAAUCUGUCGAAGCCCUUUGAUCCGAUCACGUGACUCUGUUUCAGCGUUCCGUUGCCGUCAACGUUCAAACGUCGCGUGCAACUGACUCAACCGUGUUUGUUAACAUAGAGCUGAACAGACUCGCACGAGACACGACUGUGCGUGGCAAUAUCGAUCAUUAAUAACGCGUACACGUACCGUUUUGCAUCCGCGGCCGAGACUAUGUCGACGCGUGCAAUAUCGGAUCACCCGCUGGGCUAAGUGACGCGGUAACUUUUCGAAAGUUCAAACAGUGUGCAAACUACGAAGUAUCCAGGAUAUAUACGUUACUACCGUGUUGUAAAAGCCAUAGAAACUACGGGCCAACUAUGUUAUGUGGAGUGAUAACGAUGUAGCCUGAGGCUACCACGCGAGAGGGAAUAUUCGAAAUUGUUGCACGUUUCGGAGAUUAAGUUGCUGACGUUACCCGCGAUAUUGGAGAUUCCCCAUUCUGUUUUUCGCGAUCGACAGUUCUCGAUCGGCAAAUAAAUGUGAAACGGGCCGUGUCGCUCGUCUUAUUCGCACGAAACACGUUCCCUCGAACCAUGGCAUCUUAGAUUGAACGUAACGGCUUCGGAAGCUGGAAGAGGCUGACAAAGAUGACGGUUUAGUCGCUGCCGAUUAUGAAAACUGCGAUCGAUUACGCUGUAAUCGAUAGAUUUUCGCUCGACGAAGAACGAAUGUCGAGCACGUAACGAACGAGAUUCGCGAACGAUCGAUUCCACUUGUCGUCCGGAAACACACUGGCAGGUGAAGGGACACCUAUCAAACGCUUCCACGAUGGACUUUUCGAUAGAAACCACACUUUUAUUUUGGCCUUGUUUCAGAUGGACCUCGCCGUGAACGCUUCAUCGAAUAUUUCCACGGAAAUUAAUUUUGAGAACAAGCACGAAGUCUCGCCUUUACCUCUCGUCAUUCUCAGCAUACUGUAUGGAAGUAUAUCUAUUUUUGCGGUAGUAGGGAACUCCCUUGUCAUAUGGAUAAUCGGGACGUCCAAGCGAAUGCAGAAUGUAACAAACAUAUUUAUAGGAAACCUAGCAUUAGCGGACAUCGUCAUUGGUUUAUUCUCGAUUCCUUUUCGGUUUCAAGGGGCUCUACUGCAAAGAUGGGACCUGCCCUAUUUUAUGUGCCCUUUCAGCCCGUUUGUCCAAAUUCUCUCUGUGAACGUUUCGAUUUUCACACUGACGGCAAUCGCACUUGAUCGACACAGAGCGAUUUUGAAACCUCUCAGCGUGAAACCGACCAAACGAACUGCUAAACUAGUCAUCGCUACAAUUUGGAUAAUUUCGGGAAUUUUGGCGACACCAGUGGCAAUUGCACAUCGUGUUAUGGAAGCGAAAAACAAAAACCCGGAUCCACGCAACCCUGAUGAUUUCAAGUCGAUCUGCAUGUACGUGAAUCUUUCACAGAACGCGAUGUUAAUUUACGGAGCGGUGUUGGCAUUUUUGCAAUAUCUAAUGCCCCUUUCGAUCAUUUCUUGCGUCUAUGCAAGAGUGGCAUUGAAACUGUGGGGCAGCACAGCACCCGGAAAUGCAGAAGAUUCUCGGGAUGCGAAUAUGAUAAAGAAUAAGAUAAAGGUCAUCAAAAUGCUAAUUACUGUCGUGGUCCUUUUUGGGCUUUGUUGGCUGCCUUUCCAUAUUUAUUUCGUACUUCAAUUUAUGUAUCCAGAAAUAAACCAGUACGAACACAUCCAUUAUAUAUUUUUUUGCAUCGACUGGUUAGCCAUGUCGAACAGUAGCGUAAAUCCAGUUAUCUACGGCAUAUAUACGGACAAUUUCAGAAGGGAAUUCCGUCAAAGAAGUCCCUUCAAAUGGCGUAAAUCGACAACCAAUCCACCGAUAGAUACUACAGAAAUGAAUAAAACGCAAAGUUCGCGAACCUCCAUUAGAUUCGAAUGGAAACGCCCGAAUUCCGGCAAUUAUCCGACAGUGACAUCUUUUCAAAAAGGUGUACAGAUUAAAGGAUCGAAUAAUUCGUUUAUCGACGACCAUGAAGCAUGUACACGAAGCGAUAGAAUCGGCCAUUACGCGGAUAACAUUGAAGAAAAUCAUUGCACGUCGUCAUCUAACAAAAGUGAAGAAUUAUACGUUUUUGUACCGGAAUCGGAGCAAAGUCCUCGCAGGAUAAAGUAGAGCUUGUAAUGCCAAAGAUUCGAUGAAUCGUAUAAUUAAUUUAUAUAGCGCUGGUGACAAACGAGAUUGAAUUUUCAUCCAAGUGUAAAUACCGUGACGUUGCAUAUAUCGUAAGUACACGAAUAAAUGUAUAUGUAUGUAUAAAUGCGGUAGCGCAGAGGUGUUCACAUUAAGGGGUUUAUGUAUUCUUUUUCGUCUGGGUUAAAAAACAGAUUUCUUUUGUUAAUAUUUAAAUUGCUUGAGAUCUUUAAAGUAUUUCUACCAAAUUAUAUAGAAAAAAUUCGGUUUUUUAGGAGUUUAACUUGCGCACUUUUGCUGUAAUGGACGGAUUGGAUGCUGACUACCUCUCGCGUAUUUUUGUUACUUACUCUGAUCGUUGCUCAUACUCAUCAGUGAUAAAAAGAACUAAAUUUCUCAUAUCAACUUAUGGAGUUACGCCAUCUUGGCGGCGUCCAAUUGAAAUAAAUUUUAAAUAUUUAAAGAAUAUCGGACGCGAGACUGUAAGAAAUCUAUAAGAACUAUGGUAUUUAAACGAAACCAAGCUGUUUACAUCAGUCAUGUUUUUAUUAUUGUUUGAACACUAAAUGUAAACAGAAAUUGUACAUCGUGAUAGGCAAUAUGGUUGAUUCGAUUUGUGUUGGUCUCAAAGGUGGCUUAACUUCUUAAAGUCAAUCAUACUAUAUCUGUACAUACAUAUAUAAAGGUCAUCCUAAACAUCGAUUGUUUAAUUUUCUAUUAAUCUAUUUAAUAAGCUUAUAUAUAUAUAUAUGUUCCUCUUUAUAUUUAAUACUAGUAUUACCAAAAAUCUAAUGAUAGAUCGCGGAUAAUAGAACUCGUAGAAAUAAUUACGUAAUCGCAGGAAAGAUAAAAUGAACACAAUACGAAAAUUCAGUAUCAAAAGUUAAUAUAAUUAUGAUUUUAUAAAAAAACAAUUGAAAAAGUCGUAUUGUUUCAAAGUUGUAUUAAAAUUCAGUUUUCUUUCUUGCUUCUACAUUCAUUGAGAACAUAGUCACUCGAGUGAAUGAAGAAAUUCCUAAAGAUGCGUAAGACUGUGAUAUUUUUAUUAAAAUAAUAUUGUUCAAACUGCAUAAAAAUGUUGUACACGUUAAGCAUUAUAAAUUUAGUUUCUUCUGAAAAGACUCUAUUUUAGCAUUGAUGUCAAAGAGACAAUAGUUUCUCAAAGAUGUUCAAAUAUAAUAAUGUUAAAAAUGUCUAAAUGUGAUUUCAUAAAUCUCAAACAAAAUACCAUAAAAGUUAUCAUGGGUAUAAUCCACCUUAUAUAAAUACAUAGUAAAAUAUGAAACAUGACAAAAUUAAAAUGAAUAAUUUCAUAAAAGUGAUAUGGUCGUGAUAGUACAUUACAUUCUUUUUAUGUAAAUAUAAAUAGUGGAUUUAGGUCAUUAGUUAGAUAGUAAUGUUAGUUGUAAAACAAGUAUUUUUAAUUUCUGUGAUAAAAUAUUUUAAAACAUGAAUCUACCACUUGCAACAAUAUAUCUACUGAUGCAAUUUACAAACUGAGACAUUUAUGUUCAUCAUUCUUUUACUAUUCCAGCCUACACGAAAAUUUGAAAAUAUAUAGGGCUACAUUGUAAAGCCUUUAUAACAUUAUCCGAUAGUUUUAAAAGUAAAAUUAGAAUGAGAACCAGAUUGCUUUUCCAUUUAUCUUGGAAACAGUUCAAAAUCGAAUUUUGCUAAAGUCUUAAACAAACUCUGAUUGCAAAAACAAAAGUUAAUGCCUGAAUUGCUUUUCAUGUUAAUGUUAGCAGCUAGAAGAAACAUUAAAAGAUAUUAUUGAUAUAUGUAAAAUAUUCUUCAAACUGUUUAACAAUACAGUAAAUAAAAUUAUACAAUAGUAAAGCUAUCAUUGUAAUUACAGAAAAAACAAUUCUGUACAAAAUGAAGAAAAUACAUGACAAACUUAAAAAUGUAUUUGAAUAAUGAUUAAGAAAUAUGUAAUAUGUAUUUUCAAAUGUAUUACUAUCACCUGUAUCUGUACACUUAUAUAAAAUUAGAAUGAACAGGGUAA